GGCCCCGCUCCGCUCCGCCCGGCCCGGCGGCGCUGCAGCCGGCAGCAUCGCGGCGGGACUGCCCGGGGAUGCAGCCGCGCUAAGAACAAAAGCCCUCUACGCGGUCACGCUCCGGGGCUUUGAAGCGGCCCGGCCCGGCCCGGCCAAACUUGGAUCGCUGCCCCCUCCGCCGAGCCGCGGCGGGCGUCCGGAUUGAACUCUCCGGCGCCUUCCCCGCACGCCGCGGGCAGCGGCAGCGCCUGAGACCCGGGGUUCCCCCGCCUGCCGCCCUCGCCCGCUGCGCGCCGUCCCGCCGGCGCUGCCCGGGGAGGGGGGCCGCACCCCGCGCCGCCCGGCACGGCACCGCGCCGCCCCGGGGACCCCGGCCGCCUCCCCGCCGCGGGACCUUGGCUUUGCCCUUCGCACGGCAGGUGGCGGGGCCAGCGGAGAAGGAUGCGUUUCUUCCCGUGGGGAUUUUGGCUGCUGUGUGUCGCCUCCGCCCCGGCUCGCGGUGACAGCGGCAGCAAGGCGAGGAGCUGCGCCGAGGUCCGGCAGCUGUAUGGGGCCAAGGGCUUCAGCCUCAGCGGCGUGCCCCAGGCCGAGAUCUCCGGGGAGCACCUGCGAAUCUGCCCACAAGGCUAUACCUGCUGCACCAGUGAGAUGGAGGAGAACUUCGCAAACAAAAGCCGAAGUGAAUUUGAAGCCAUGAUGAAAGAGGCAGGUCGCUCUGUGCAGACGACCCUAACAGCGCAGCACAGAAGCUUUGACAGUUAUUUCCAGGAUUUGUUGAACAAGUCAGAAAAGGCCCUUUAUGAUGCUUUUCCAAGCAUGUACGGAGAAUUGUACACUCAAAACAUGAAGGUCUUCAAGGACUUGUACAGCGAGCUACGCCGCUAUUACCGGGGCUCCAACAUCAACUUGGAAGAGGCCCUCAAUGAGUUCUGGACACGCUUGCUGGAGCGGCUCUUCAAGCUGAUGAAUCCCCAGUACCAUAUCACAGAUGAGUACCUGGACUGCAUGGUGAAACAUGCGGAGCAGCACAAACCCUUCGGGGAAGUUCCCAGGGACCUGAAGGUGAAGGCAACCCGAGCCUUCAUCGCGGCACGCUCCUAUGCACAGGGCUUUCUUGUGGGCAGCGAUGUGGUCAAAAAGGUGUCUCAGGUAUCUCUCAGCCAUGAGUGCACUCGCGCCAUCAUGAAGCUGAUGUACUGCCCGCACUGCCGAGGCAUGUCCAGUGUGAAGCCGUGCAACAACUACUGCCUCAACGUUGUGAAGGGCUGCCUGGCCAACCAAGCAGACCUGAACACCGAGUGGAAGUACCUGAUGGAUUCCCUGGUCGUAGUGGCCGAUCGGAUUGAUGGACCGUACAACGUAGACACCGUAAUAGGGACCAUUCACAUGAGGAUCGCUGAAGCAAUUUCUAACUUGCAAGAAAACAAAGAUUCGAUCACAGCCAAGGUUUUCCAAGGCUGUGGAAAUCCCAAAAUCAGCACAAAAGGGUCCAGCAGCGAUGACAAGAAAAGGAGGGGGAAGGUUGCAUUGGAAGCAAAAUCCUCUGCGCAAGCACUGGAGAUGCUGGUUUUAGAUGCCAAAGGGAACCUGACAGCCCUGAAGACUUACUGGAUCACCCUGCCCAGCAGCCUAUGCAGCAAAAAAGUAAUGGCCAGCUCAGCAGCAGAUGACAAGUGUUGGAACGGGAUGACCAAGGGCAGUUACCUGCCUGAAGUGAUGGGGGACGGCUUAGCUAAUCAGAUUAACAACCCGGAGGUAGAGGUGGACAUCACCAAGCCAGAUAUGACCAUUCGCCAGCAAAUCAUGCAGCUAAAGAUCAUGACAAACCGGCUGGGCAACGCUAACAUUGGGAAUGAUGUGGAUUUCCAAGACGCAAGUGAUGACAUGAGCGGCUCUGGAAGUGGUGACAGCUGUCCUGACGACGUCUGUGGCAAAAGACUUUCUAAGAGCCCCAGCACCAGGCAGCCAGAAACGCAUGCUAUUCCUAAGCAGUCUGGACAUGGCAUCAAUGGGGCCAGCAGCAGAUCUUUGCCUUCUGCCUUCCUCCUCCUCCUUUCGGUGGCUUUCAUUGCCACGCAGCACUUGUGGCGGUAACUCACUAGCACAGCCAGGAAAGAGACUGCGGCCGAGGGCUUCACUUUGCCAAAACCAACCAACCAACCAACCAACCAAAGGACAUAUUUAAUUCACCUUGGCAACAAAAAAAAAAAAAAAAGAGGGAGGAGAAAAAGGUUUCAGUUGUUUGCUAUUUCUGGCAGUGCUCGAGCUGUUUUCUUCUUUCUUGGUCUUUUCCCCAUUGCUGGGCCCUUCUUUCCGUACCUCAUUGUUUUACUUUUGUUAUUGCCACAAACUGGCUCUUGAGGCUGAAACAAGCCUUUGCAGAGAGGCCUCCAGGGGGAACCCAGCCGGCCCCUCCAAGGGCAGCUCUUCUGCUGCCUCCUGUGGAAUACGCAAUUGCCCUGAUCUAGUUACCCAGCCGCUGGCCAGAGCGCUGCUUACCAUACAGCUGCUGAAAGCAAGACAACGCCGAGAGCAACGCCACUUCAUAACGCGGAGAGACUGAGAUGGUCAGCGCUGCUCAAGUGCUGCAUUCAGGGUCUCUUCCAGGUUUUUCCUCUGUGCUUCCUAGGCAGGCAGAGAUGGCCCUUCACUUCCAGUGGCGUACGUAGGAGCGUGAGCAGGUUUGGUGGGUUGAACUGAAACAGUUUGGCAGUGGCUGUUGGACCCAAAAACACAGAACUCCCUUUUUCUUUGGAAAGGUCACAAGUGGGUUUCUUGACUAGAGCUCGUAGCUGAUGACAAUUUGAAAUGUAGGUCUCCUACAUCUAAGUGACUGGGAAUGAGUGUUAGGGGUUGGGGUUUGGGGGUAUUUUUUCUUUGCAUGCUAGUUGGAAAGCCAUUUUUUACCCAAGUGUUAAUGGUCCAAUUUCUACCUGCAGUGCAGUACCGUCAUAGGUAACAGAGAGAUGAAAAUAUGCACAGUAGGAUUCUCCACUUGACAGACAGUUGUGCUGCCUCCUCCUCCUCCUCUGGCCCCAGCCGUGGAUGGGAAUCUCUUUUUUUUUUUUUUUUUU